GUGAGGUCGCAACCGGCGAGAGGGGCAGCCCCAGCGCCGGGGAGGCAGCCCGGAGCUUCUGCGCGUAGCGAGGAGGCUGUGAUUCUCAGAACCAGGAUCUCUCUUGGACAUUUCAAAGGACUACACACAAGACUUGCUUUCUUCUCAAGGGACCUAAGAUACUGUGUUUUGACUUUUAAGUCAGCCCUAGUAUACGGAUGUGGACUUCAGGUAGAAUGAGCAAUGCAAAGAACUUGUUUGGACUUGGGGUCUCCUUGUACUUUUGGGGACUGAUGGACCUAACUACAACUGUGCUGUCAGGAAGUGCCAGGCCCCUCACUGAAGGGCCAGAAGACAACCUGUCAGACAAGUUGCAUCAGCGAAUGAAGAGGAGCUGGGUGUGGAACCAGUUCUUCGUUCUGGAGGAAUACACGGGAACGGAUCCUCUCUACGUUGGGAAGCUCCACUCUGACAUGGACAGAGGAGAUGGUUCCAUCAAAUACAUCCUCUCAGGAGAGGGAGCUGGCAUCGUGUUUACAAUUGAUGAUACCACGGGGGACAUUCAUGCUAUUCAGAGACUGGACAGAGAAGAAAGGUCACAGUAUACCCUGCGAGCACAGGCUCUGGACAGACGAACAGGCCGGCCGAUGGAACCGGAGUCUGAGUUCAUCAUCAAAAUCCAAGACAUCAAUGACAAUGAGCCCAAGUUCCUGGAUGGACCUUAUGUGGCCUCUGUUCCAGAAAUGUCACCUGUGGGCACCUCUGUAAUUCAGGUGACAGCAACAGAUGCUGAUGACCCAACCUAUGGGAACAGCGCAAGAGUUGUGUACAGCAUUCUCCAAGGACAGCCAUAUUUCUCUGUGGACUCUCGGACAGGCUUAAUUAGGACAGCUCUGAUGAACAUGGACAGAGAAGCAAAAGAGUAUUACGAAGUGAUUGUCCAGGCCAAGGAUAUGGGUGGACAGCUGGGAGGAUUAGCUGGAACAACCACAGUCAACAUCACGCUCUCUGAUGUCAAUGACAACCCACCCAGAUUUCCACAGAAGCACUACCAGAUGAGUGUGCUGGAGUCUGCUCCUGUCAGCUCCACCGUGGGCCGCGUGGUUGCUAAAGACCUGGACGAAGGCAUUAACGCAGAGAUGAAGUACAGCCUCGUGGAUGGAGAUGGGCUGGAUGUCUUUGAUAUUAAUACCGAUCCUAAUUACCAAGUUGGCAUCAUAACUGUGAGAAAGCCUUUAAGCUUUGAGAGCAAGAAAAGCUACACCUUGAAAGUCGAAGGUGCCAACUCCCACCUGGAGAUGCGCUUCCUGAACUUGGGUCCUUUCCGAGAUACCACCACUGUCCACAUCAGCGUGGAGGAUGUGGAUGAGCCUCCUGUUUUCGAGCCCAGUUUUUACUUUGUGGAGGUGCCUGAGGAUGUGGAGAUUGGGGCCACCAUACAGAUCAUUUCUGCCAAGGAUCCGGAUGUGACCAACAAUUCAAUCAGGUACUCGAUUGACAGGAGCAGUGAUCCGGGGAGGUUCUUCUAUGUUGACGUCACUUCAGGAGCACUGAUGACUGCAAGACCUCUGGACCGGGAGGACGUUUCCUGGCACAACAUCACAGUGCUGGCUAUGGAGCUGAACAACCCCUCACAGGUGGGCAGUGUCUCCGUCACGGUGAAAGUCCUGGAUGUGAACGACAACGCGCCAGAGUUUGCGAGGUUCUACGAAGCUUUUGUUUGUGAAAAUGCCAAAGCAGGACAGCUGAUCCAGACAGUGAGCGCCAUUGACCGGGAUGACCCACAGGAGGGUCAGCACUUCUACUACAGCCUGGCUCCAGAGGCAGCCAACAACCCCAACUUUACUCUGAGGGACAAUCAAGACAACACGGCAUGGAUUUUGACGAGGCGCUCUGGCUUCAGACAGCACGAGCAGAACAUCUUUUACCUCCCCAUCCUGAUCAGUGACAACGGCCGCCCUGUGCUGAGCAGCACAGGCACGCUGACUGUGCACGUGUGCAGCUGUGACGAAGGCGGCAUGGUGAUGUCCUGCAAUGCUGAGGCCUACGUCCUCCCUGUCAGCCUGAGCAGAGGAGCACUCAUUGCAAUCCUUGCCUGCAUAUUUGUCCUGCUAGUGCUGGUGCUCCUCAUCCUCUCCAUGCGGCGCCAGCGGAAGCAGCCAUACAUCAUAGACGAGGAGGAGAACAUCCAUGAGAACAUCGUCAGGUACGACGAUGAAGGCGGCGGGGAGGAGGACACUGAGGCCUUUGAUAUCGCCGCCAUGUGGAACCCACGGGAGGCCCAGCUUGUGGUGAAAAACAGGCAGGACAUGCUCCCUGAAAUAGAGAGCCUCUCCAGAUAUGUGCCUCAGGCAUGCAUCAUGGACAACAACGUCCACAAUUACGUGCUUGCCAAGCUGUAUGAGGCUGACAUGGACCUCUGGGCUCCUCCCUUUGACUCCCUCCAGACAUAUAUGUUUGAAGGGAACGGCUCGGUGGCAGAGUCGCUCAGCUCCCUACAGUCGGUGACCACAGACUCAGACCAGAGCUACGAUUACCUGACGGACUGGGGCCCACGCUUCAAAAAGCUGGCCGAGAUGUACGGUGCCACGGACAGCAGUGGGGCCCUGUGGUAACAGACAAGGAAUUGCAGAGGGGUUUCCGUGUGAAGUGGCAUCAGAUUAGAUCCAUUCUCAUUAGAUGCUUCCAUGGACAUGGGUGAGGCCUCCUAAAAUAGCAAUACCGUGCUCCAAUGAGAAUGGGAAGAAGAGCGUGAAUGAAGGUCUCUAUGGAUCAGCUUUACUUGGUUAAAUUAAGUCAUAUUUUGAAACAGUGAGAAGCAGAAGGAAGAAAGUUUUUCUGUUUUUCUACAGAAAAAUUGGAAAGUUCCACCCCUGGAAUAUAAUGACGUUACUCUCUCCCUCCCUCUUUCUCUCUCUCAUACAUGGCAGCUUACUGAGCUCUGUAUGUCUGGGUUCAAAGACCAGCAAACACCAAUUGUAAUCUCCAACUCACAGAAGACUGGUUCCUCAUUGGUUAUUUUCCCCCAUUACAAUGGGAGAAAAAAUAAAUAAAAAAGACAUGCUUGCUAACAAGAGAAAAAAAACACAAAGCAGAAAAUUGAAACUGGAAUCUCAGAGGGCUCUUUGUAAACUAAACCUCCUUUCUCUGUUGCUAACAGAGUCCUUUCCUAAAUCUUUACAAGGAAGGCUGAGAUUAUUUUUUUUUCACCUGGCUGAGAGAGCUGGGGAAGAGGCUUUGACUUUCUGCUCUAGUUUAAUGACUGACAUGAGUCAUUGACAUUAAUACUAAUCCAUCUCCUAUUGAGUUUGUGUAAAUUUAUUCUCCUCCCGGCUCUUUAAAACCAUGACACUGCUAAACUGCUCAGAACAAAAACAGAAGAUCUGCCUCUUUUGCACUGUAGAUGUCUCUUCCAUGUGCCAAAUGUGAAGAUUAGAUUCUACCAAUGAAAGCCAAAUAAAUUUAAAAAAAGAAAAAGCUAUAUUUGGUAACUACAUGGGUUAGAUGGGCUUUCCUAAUCUGUGUGAGGUCAAUCCAAGGGAUGUUUACAUACUGUAGAUAACCUACUUGAACAAAUGCAGUAUUAUAGACCAA